AAUCAACAGGUCAUUCAUCCUGAAUCCGGAUCAAGUUGCUUCAAACAUUCGAACUAUAAAAUCCUCUGAGCACCCAGCAGAAAGAGACCAGAAAAAUCUCAAAAGUUCUCAACAAAUCCCCCUAGCAAAGCAUUAUGGUCCUGGAAAAUCACACAGGUGUGACAUGGUUUACGCCCUCAAAGAUAACUAUCGCCUCUCCAUCGAAGCCCAGGGAGCGAAGUGGUCAAAGCAUUCGACAAGGCAUGAGCACGCACGAGCACGAGCAUGAGCACGGAAGGCCACGCUCUGGCCUUGCGAACACUUCAGCCUCUUCCCCAAUUAUUCCCGCCUCCGAUGGAGCGGCCCUGCUGCAAACGUGCGUCCGCGAUCCCGUCACAGCUGCGCCCAUCCACCACAUCAACAAGAGUAGGAGCAACAUUCACAACAACACAAGUCCGUUUUUGGUGUACGGUCCCUCUUUCCAUAAAUUGUCCUCGGGCAGGCUUCGAGGGAGGGGAGACCAUUUUUCAGGGCGAACAUCAGGAGCCGAUAAACACUCCUCCGUCUAUCCCUAUGACUCAGCCCUCUUUCCAGCAAGCAGAAGAAGAAGCGAGGAUUCAUCCUCGGAGGGUUCGUUCUCGGGCUCUUCAAGCGAGGCAGGGGACCGAUACUCUGACGAUGGGCAAGACUUGAGGACCAUUUCCCAGCACUGGGACGAUUUCUACUACGCAGAUAUGCCGCUGGAGCUGCUCGAUAAUAUCUUUCAGCAAUCGAUGUACAUCUCGAGCCAACAGCUCUCUCGCUGGGCCGAAGCACGAAGGAAUGCCAGACAUGACGCAAGCAAGCGCACCAUGCCGAUCCUCUUUCCACUCCAGUCAACAAAAGCCGAUUUCGAUUUCCAGCAAUACUUAGGACAAACAAAUGCCGGCGAGGCGGUGCAAUUCAAUGGGAACCCUCAAGAAUGGCAGCGCCAAUACGAAGCAUACAAGCGUGCGAUGCUCUGCCAACAUCUCUUCUACACACAGAACGUCCAACGCUCCACCUUGGGCACGCCUUCGUCAUCUUCCUCGUCUUCGUCUCGCUCCUGCUCGAUCUCGAUAGAUCCUGCUUCAAGACUGGUGUCGGGUCACCUCACGGAUCAAGACAGUUAUGACGGCGAGGAUGAUAAUGAGUAUGGGGAUGCAGACAGCGACAGCGACGCUGAAGCAGCCCUCAACAGGUCCAAGGGGUUGAGUCCGGCUGCAGUCGGCUUUAUGCUGAGCAACAUGCACCUGAAUAGCGUUGGCGACAUGGAUGGCGACCUCUCUGAUUCGGCCAGCUCUGGAAGCCACGAUACUAGUUACGGAUAUCAGGACUCGUCCACGGUGGGCUCCUACACUGACGAGGACGAGUAUGAAGGGCAUCUACAUGAAGGAAAGCUCGUACAUGACAGUGGUAUUGCUACUGACAGCGAUCACUCGACGCUUGGAGGUGUAUCAUUGACUGGCGCCGGUAACAUCCCAGAAGACGCUUCCAAAAUGUUUCGCCACUAUACAAGUUCAAGACCCCACAAGAUGUGCAGCUGUCGCUUUGGGCUACAAAAUUCGGCAGCGCAAUUUCCCGCACCCCGGCACGGCAUCAAUCGUGUGGUCGACAGCGAGCUCGACAAAGCGGAGGAGGACCUUAUGAUUUAUCAAGUCCAUCGCGAUCAGUAUUUCCAUCCCACUACACAUACAUCUCUGCACUCCGACCUUUACAAUUGCUCCCUCGUCAACCGUCAAUGGAGAAUUGCGGCCUUGCAGAUCCUCUGGCAGAGCGUUGUUCUGGAUGCGGAAAGCUGCCGGCCAGAGCCCACGGAUCCCUGCGCUUGCUAUACAAGUCCCAAGGCAACGCGACAAGGAUUUUGCUACAUGAGCGAUCUGGCGUCUUCUUCUAGUACUGCCGCCUCCUCGUCGUCGUCGUCCUCAACCCGAUCUCAGUCACCUACUUUGCCCACUUCGCCCACCGCUGUAUACACCUCCACCAGGGUUGUUCGAACGAGGCUCGAGGCCAUGCUGGACAGUUACCUCGACCUCUAUGGACUUGAUCUCGCCAAGUGUGUUCAAACCGUAGAGCUCGACCUCCAUCUCCUGGUUUGGCCUGCAGAGUGCGAGUCCGUCAAGCGGAUCUUGAGGCGCCUUUCACCGUUCACACACCUGCGCCUCGUCUGGUCGGGUGAUGAGUCUCCCGAGGAGAUAUCAACGGGAUUCAAAAUUGCUAUGGAGUCCUUGCACGAUCAGAUCCGCCAUUUGCACUUCUUUCCGGGAUUCGUAUUUUCUGAUGUAUGGGUCCACGAGAUGGAAAAAAUGACCAGGCUUGAGACACUCACGAUAGAAGACCCAGAAAGCCAGGAUGCAGUGACAUAUGACUGGAAAAGGAUUCGGUGCCUGAGAUUGUACUCGGCAGUGCCAGGCAACUUCUUUGGAUAUGCCGGCAUGCAUUCCGCCAGCUUGCCAACACACCACAGCGACGGUACACUGACUACCGCAACGCCCAACAGCCACGCCACAUCGACUUUAUCAGCAAUGCCUAAUAUCAUGCCUUUACCGGUUGGGUACCAAGGGAAUGGGUGGUGGCAAUGGACCGGACUGCGCAAGAUUGAGAUCCGAAUCGGCUCCACCGCGCUACCAAUGGAGUGGCUCCAAGAUCUGGCAACCAUCAUUAUUCAGAGCGCCGCCAUGCUCGAUCAGCAGCAACGUCUCGACCCUCAACUUCGUCAGACACCAACUUCCUUGUAUCCAAGCACCAUAUCGCACUUCGGUCCGCCUCUCGAGGUCUUGGAUAUCGAUGCUGAGAUUUCGGGUCAGCAUCAGGACAUUUUCAUGGACCUGGUUCAAGCUUGGGGACCUCGCUUCAAAGAGUUCCAUAUUACCCACAGCCAACAGCUGACCGACGAGUUCUUCUGGCUUUGUUUACGAAAGAUGACACAGAUCAAGAAACUGAGUCUUAGGGGAUCAAGAGGCAUCACUGGAGAGGGCAUCCUCCUUGACGGGCCCUCCGUCGAUUCUGUGGAUCAAAUCAACUCGACAGAAACAGGCAGCAAGGUGGCCAAGGUACCGAUUAUGUGGCCACGCGACUUCCAAGAGCUCAACUUGGAUCAGUCACGUAUCAGAGACGAUUUCUUCCAGGCGCUCAAGCAGCAUUGCCCGGGUGUACAGUGCAAGGUCCGCGAGGUGCGAUGAGCAGCAUAUACCCCUACCAUUUUUGGAUUAUAUCGAAACGCAGCGCGAACGAUAUGCAUAACUUAUUCCUACCAUACCAUAACAUACCAUAUCAUACCAUAUCAUACCACAUGAAACGACUCAAAUAAAAGUAAUAUUUGUGCCAGUG